AUGUCCGCCAAUCCAGGUGCACUCAAACGGAAGCACUCGGGCAAGACCAUCAAGGAGCUCUUCACCACACAAACCAAGCCGAAGCUCGCUCCUGCAGCGCCGCUAUCGCCCUCGAGCAAACGCACACGACGAGACAGCUCUCCGAUAGCUAGCACUGAGGUCGCCACACCUCCAGCCCCGAUGGCCAAGAUGAGCACAGCCGACAUGUAUCACUUCCCGAGCAAGAAGGCGGGCGUAUCGAGCAACGCCGAUGUUGUUGACAUCACGUCAAGCCCCGACAACAGUCCCGCCAAAGCAAACGGCCAGCGAAAUGGCAUGCGCAAAGCAGCGCCCAAUAUGCACGCCAACAGCGGCCCCAAGCGAUUGGUCGUCAAGAAUUUCAAGCCCACAAGGAGAGUAGACCCCAGGGUGUUCCUGGAUCAAACAUGGCAGAAGAUUGACAAGGCCCUGGAUACUAUCUUCCGCCAAGGCGAUGUCGACUUCAGUCUCGAAGAACUGUACAGAGGUGUAGAGAAUGUCUGUCGCCAGGAUAUGGCAAAGGACAUUAAGGAGCGUUUGAUCACAAAAUGCAAGGACUACGUGGGCGGAAGUCUGAAGGCAAAGGUCAAGGAGAGUCUGGGUAGGCCAAACGUUGACGUGCUGCGAGCGGCAUUGCAUGCCUGGGGGAUUUGGAACAGUCAAAUGAAAUACCUCGAUUGGAUCUUUUGCUAUCUCGACCGCGCCUACCUGCUCCCACGACAUGAGUCUCUCCGCGAAAUCUCGAUAAACCUCUUCCGCUCCGUCAUCUUCGAACACGCAAAACUAAAUUCCCGCAUUGUGGAUGGCGCUUGCGAUCUCGUCACUGCUGACCGGACGGGUCGAGAUCUUGACAGCGAGGUGUUCUCCAAGACGGUUAACAUGUUCCACGACAUGCAAGUCUACACACAUGCUUUCGAGCCGCGCUUAAUGGAAGUCAGCCAGGAGUACGUGGUCAAAUGGGCUGAUGCCGAGAGUUCUGAAAAAUCGUUACCCGAGUACGUCCGCAGUGCAAGGGCGCUGAUGGAUCGUGAGAUGAAGAGAGUCGACAUGUUCAGCCUUCCCAACACUACUAAGCGAGAGCUUCUCACAUUACUAGAGGACCAUUUGAUAUCGAACAAGGAGACCCGAUUAACUAACCAAGACGAGCUUGCCGAUCUCCUUGAGACCAACGCCGUCGAAGAUCUCGAGCUACUGUACUCAUUACUUGAACGUAGGAAGCUGGGCGCAAAGUUGCGACCAGGUUUCACUAAGUGGAUCGAGGACGAAGGCACAGCUAUUGUAUUCAACGAUAAAGAGCAAGAAAACAUGAUCAUACAAUUACUUACGCUGAAGCGUCAACUAGACACCUUAUGGAAGGCUUCUUUCCACCGAGACGAGGAGCUGGGUCAUGGUCUUCGAGAGUCAUUCGACAAAUUCAUGAACAAGACAAAGAAGACGUCUGCAAGCUGGGGCACAGAUAACUCAAAGACGGGCGAGAUGAUUGCCAAGUAUGUCGACAUGCUGCUGAGGGGGGGUGCAAAAGCAAUACCAGCUCAGCUGAGUCGUAAGGCCGACAAGCCUGCUGCUGUAGAGGUCGAGGAAGAUAAUGAAGAAGGUGUUUUUGAUGAAGAUACAGAAGUCAACAAUCAGCUUGAUCAAGUUCUCGAUCUGUUCCGCUUCUUGCACGGCAAGGCUGUGUUCGAAGCUUUCUACAAGAAAGACUUGGCUAGACGGCUCUUGAUGGGCAGAAGUGCGAGCGCAGACGCUGAGAGAAGUAUGCUGUCGAGGUUGAAGAUCGAAUGCGGUGCUGGCUUUACUGCCAACCUCGAGCAAAUGUUCCGCGAUAUCGAACUCUCGCGAGAAGAGAUGAGUUCGUACAAGAAUAUCAGCGAGGAGCGCAACGAAAAGCUCAGUCUCGACCUUAAUGUCAACGUCCUCUCUGCGUCAGCUUGGCCUACGUACCCCACCGUCCCUGUAAUUUUGCCCCCAGAAAUUCAGUCUGCGAUCAACAAGUUUGAAGCACACUACAAAGUAAAGCAUUCUGGUCGUAAGCUGGAGUUCAAACACGCACUUGCCCAUUGUCAAAUCAAAGCCAGGUUUCCCAAGGGACUCAAGGAGUUAGUUGUGUCCUCCUUCCAGGCUAUCGUCCUCUUACUAUUCAAUGGCCGUAAAGAGGAUGAGCAUAUCGACUACGACUACCUCAAGCAAGCCACUGGACUGCCAACGGCCGAGCUUAACCGCACUCUGCAGUCCCUUGCGUGCGCAAAGGUCCGGCCUCUGACCAAGCACCCCAAGGGUCGAGAGAUCAACGAAACCGACACUUUCACACUCAACGCCUCAUUCACGGAUCCUAAGUACCGCAUCAAGGUCAACACCGUUCAACUCAAGGAAACGGCAGCCGAGAACAAGGAGACACACGAACGCGUCGCUGCUGACCGUAACUACGAGACACAAGCUGCCAUUGUCAGGAUCCUCAAGGCGAGGAAAAGAAUCAGCCAUGCCGAACUGGUCAGUGAGACCAUAUCGGCAACCAAGAACAGGGGAACACUGGAGGUCAGCGGCAUCAAGAGGAACAUCGAUCGCUUGAUUGAGAAGGAAUUUCUGGAAAGAGAGGACGACGGAUUGUAUGCUUAUAUCGCUUAA